AUGAUGAAUAACAGCGGACUAUUGUCAUCGCUGUCGAACAACUCUUCCGUUUCUUAUACACAGCCCAUCAUGCACGGUCUCGGCAGCGUCCUGCUGCUCGGCAGCACCCUCGCGGCCCAAAAGGUCCUUGGCCUGCCCGGCACUAGCGCCCAGCAUCUUCAGCGGCGUACAGUCGACAGCUACGUGUCUUCUGAAGGACCUAUUGCACUUCGGAAACUUCUUUGCAAUAUUGGUUCUGAUGGCUGCGAAGCUCAGUCGGCUGCUCCCGGCGCCGUCGUUGCGUCGCCUAGCACCAGCAACCCAGACUACUGGUACACGUGGACAAGAGACAGCGCUUUGGUCUUCAAGUGCCUUGUCGAUAGGUUCACCCACUCGUACGAUGGCAACCUUCAGAAGCUCAUCCAAGAGUACAUCGCUGCCCAGGCCAAGCUGCAGGGCGUCUCAAACCCUUCGGGAUCGUUGUCCAACGGUGCCGGCCUGGCGGAACCCAAGUUCAAUGUUGAUCUUUCUGCUUUUACCGGCCCCUGGGGACGUCCCCAGCGAGACGGUCCCGCCCUGCGAGCGAUUGCGAUGAUUUCGUACUCGAACUGGCUGAUUGACAAUGGGUACACGGACACGGUGAAGCAAAUUGUCUGGCCGGUUGUCCGCAACGACCUGAGCUACGUUGCGCAGUACUGGAACCAGACCGGCUUUGAUCUGUGGGAGGAGGUCAACGGCAGCUCUUUUUUCAGCGUCGCCAGCCAGCAUCGGUCGCUCGUCGAGGGCAGCAGCCUGGCGGCCAAGAUUGGACAGGAUGGCUCGGCGUACAGCAACGUCGCACCGCAGAUUCUUUGCUUCCUGCAGACAUUCUGGGUUUCGUCUGGCGGAUAUAUCAACUCGAACAUCAACCAGAACAAUGGCCGCACUGGAAAAGACGCCAACUCGAUCCUCACGUCUAUCCACAACUUUGACGCUGCGCUCGGGUGUGACGCCAGCACCUUUCAGCCCUGCAGCGACAAGGCGCUUUCCAACCACAAGGCUGUUGUUGACUCGUUCAGAUUCUACAACAUCAACAAGGGUAUUUCCGAGGGCCAGGCUGUUGCCGUUGGCAGAUACUCGGAGGAUGUGUACUACAAUGGCAACCCUUGGUAUCUGGCCACUCUCGCCGCAGCAGAGCAGCUCUAUGACGCGCUACACACUUGGAACACGCAGGGCUCUAUUACUGUAACGAGCACCUCGCUGGCCUUCUUCAAAGACCUUGUGCCCAACAUCUCGACCGGCACAUACUCGAGCGACUCGAGCACGUUCAAGAGCAUUGUGCAGGCUGCCACUACAUAUGCAGACGACUUUGUGGCUAUCGUGGCCAAAUACACGCCGUCUGGCGGCUCACUGGCAGAACAGUUCGACAGGAACAAUGGUUCCCCGCUCUCUGCUCGCGACCUUACCUGGUCGUACGCCUCGCUUCUGACAGCCAUCGACCGCCGCGCCGGUAUUAUCCCGCCGUCGUGGGCCAGCAAUGGCGCGAACAAGGUACCGGGCUCCUGCUCAGGCCAGACGGCCCAAGGCACAUACGCUUCGGCCACUGCGACAUCAUUCCCCGCGAACCAGACGCCCAAGACUGGAGCGCCUCCCACGUCGACGACGACGACUUCAGCGCAGCCGACGUGCACACCUGUGGCAUCGGUGGCCGUGACGUUUCGCGAGACGGUGACGACGCAGUUUGGACAAACAAUCAAGAUUGUGGGCAACACGGCGGAGCUGGGCAACUGGGACACGAGCAAGGCGGUGGCGCUGGACGCGAGCGAGUACACGUCGAACAAUCACGUGUGGAAAGCGACCAUCUCGCUGCCGGCGGGCAAGGCCAUCGAGUACAAGUACAUCAACGUGCAGUCGGACGGAUCGGUGCGGUGGGAGGCGGACCCGAAUCACCAGUACGCAGUGCCCAAGUCAUGCUCCAAGACGGCGUCGCGAGCGGACAGCUGGCAGUGA